UUCAGUUCGCACGGUUCGGCACGCGGCAGCAGAAACAGCAGCUGAAGCUGAAGCAUAGCCCGCCAGGAGCCGCCCUACCAUAUCCAAGUGCCAGAAGGUGUAUGUCGGUUUCUCUUUCGGCGUCUGUGUCGGUGUCACUGUCUGUGUCUGUGCCGAUCGAGAAUUCUUGUCGGGCGCGCGUUGCCUCCUAGUGUGCGAGUGCCAGUGCGUAUGCGUGUGGCUGGGAAGUGCAAAAAGUCGGACAUCGGGCAAUUAAUCAUUGAAGGAGUGGUGCGGCCUGGUCCCUGAAUUGACUUCCAUUUAAGUAAUUUGCCUGAUUGAUGCACGGACUUGGUCAAUUUCCGGUCGAACCCGAGUUCAGUGCAGUGCGUCCAUCGCCUGUGGGCCUCUGGCGGCUGCUGCAGCUAUGAAUAAACAGAACAAACAGCCAGGAAAAUUCAAAACGAAUACCAAGUGAAGAUCUGGAAAACAGUGGACAAAUUGCAUCUCAAUCAAAGACUAUUAGCGAAAUGCUGCAACUGCAUUGCCGUAUCCGGCCAUCGGGCUUUUACUGCCGUCAAUCCUGCAACUGAGGCACAAAGCGAACGAACCGCAGAGGACCUGCCAACCUUUACCAGACCAGAUCAGAACAGACCAGACCAGAACCCCACCUCCUUCCCCGUCCUAAUCCUAACCCCACCCGCCAUCCAAAUGACAAAUGCAAUGAGUGCUAUUGCAGCAUUCGCUCUGACAGCGGCCGGGGCAGCGGCAGUGGCUGCCUCUGCGGCUAGCGGCAGGAGCAACCACAGCAGUCCUUUCCUGACCACCAGCAGCACCACCACCGCCGCCGGCUCCAUCAGCAGCAGCAUCGGCAUGGCCAUCAGCAACAGUAGCAGCAGCAGUCGUAAUGGCACGCUUCUGGAAGCCGAUCACCUGCCGCUGCAGUUGACAACCGCUAAGGUGGACAUGGACAUUGAAAUCGACAUUCAACUGCUCACAAAUGGCUAUGAUGGCACAACGCUGACAUCGUUCUACAAUGAGAGCAGCUGGACAAACGCCUCCGAAAUGGAUACAAUAGUUGGUGAGGAACCGGAGCCGCUGUCCCUUGUGUCAAUUGUUGUUGUUGGCAUCUUCCUAUCGGUGCUGAUAUUCCUCUCCGUGGCCGGGAACAUCCUCGUCUGCCUGGCCAUCUACACGGAGCGCAGCCUGCGACGCAUCGGCAACCUGUUCCUGGCCUCAUUAGCGAUUGCGGAUCUGUUUGUGGCCUCCCUGGUGAUGACAUUCGCAGGCGUCAACGAUUUGCUGGGAUAUUGGAUCUUUGGAGCGCAAUUUUGUGAUACUUGGGUGGCCUUUGAUGUCAUGUGCUCGACGGCGUCAAUUCUGAACCUGUGCGCUAUAUCAAUGGACCGCUACAUCCACAUCAAGGAUCCGCUCAGAUAUGGCCGCUGGGUGACACGACGCGUGGCUGUCAUCACCAUCGCCGCCAUUUGGUUGCUGGCCGCAUUCGUCUCGUUUGUGCCAAUCUCUCUGGGCAUCCAUCGGCCCGACCAGCCGAUGAUUUUCGAGGAUAAUGGCAAGAAGUAUCCCACAUGCGCCCUGGACCUCACGCCCACCUAUGCCGUCGUCUCCAGCUGUAUCAGUUUCUACUUGCCCUGUGUGGUCAUGAUUGGCAUCUACUGUCGCUUGUAUUGCUAUGCCCAGAAGCAUGUCAAAUCCAUCAAGGCAGUGACCCGACCCGGCGAGGUGGCCGAGAAACAGCGUUACAAGAGCAUUCGACGCCCCAAGAUGACGCCCAAGAAGUUCAAGGUGCGAAACCUGCACCACAGCUCUCCGUACCACGUCUCGGACCACAAGGCGGCGGUGACUGUUGGCGUAAUCAUGGGCGUGUUCCUCAUCUGCUGGGUGCCCUUCUUCUGCGUGAACAUCACGGCCGCCUUCUGCAAGACCUGCAUCGGCGGACAGACCUUCAAGAUCCUCACCUGGCUGGGCUACUCGAACUCGGCCUUCAACCCGAUCAUCUACUCGAUCUUCAACAAGGAAUUCCGGGACGCCUUCAAGCGUAUCCUGACCAUGCGCAAUCCCUGGUGCUGUGCCCAGGACGUAGGCAACAUCCAUCCGCGGAACAGCGACCGCUUCAUCACCGACUAUGCGUCCAAAAAUGUGGUCGUGAUGAACUCGGGUCGCUCCAGUGCCGAGCUCGAGCAGGUCUCUGCGAUUUGACCAAAAGGCGGCUACAGCGGAGACAGCUGGCUGCCGUGCUGCUACGGCUGCGGCUGUGGCGGCCUCCGCGUGGAUGAUGACGACGACGGAGCACUGACCACGCGCUAUGUUCCAUGAGAUUCGGUCACGGCGCCUACGGUCACCAUUGUGGAGACCGUCGAGGCUGCCCAAAUGGAAACGGAGCUGCUCUAAGCCACUAACUGGGUUCCUACAACACCAUCUCGAUCUCGAUCUCUCACUCGAAAACAAAGCAAUCCCGAGUCCCUCCUUCCUUCCUCUAAAAAAAUCGAAAGCAAAAUGGAAACCUGUAAGUAUUAUCAGCGCGUCCCAGAGACAAAGCAAUCAACUAUGCGUAUACUUAAUCGUAUCUAGCAAUAAGCCCCCGUUGUAUCCCACAACCACAAACGACGCCCAGGACGUGAUUAGGUCUAAGAUCUUACCCCCUCCAGCACCUAAAGAGCUCUCUGUCCAAGUUCCUGUUUGGUUAUUCAUGGCAGUUUUGCAAUCGUUUGGGAUCCAUGCAAAUGCUAUUAUUAUGGAGUGACACAUGUCACUUGCCACACACUAACACUUACACACAAACACACACAUACAUCUACACUGGCUGUCACAACAGGGAAUGAAGAAAAACGUUGCAUACAUCGCGGCGCCCUCACAUUGGACGAGGAAAAGCUUUACAUUUGAUUUAUUGAUGAGAAUUUAUGGCCAUUGAACGACAGAGCUGCCAAGUGCAGUCGUAAAUUAUCCAAAAUGAUUAUUGUUAUGGCUAAACCAAAUGGCAUUACCACUCCAACUUCAACUCCAACCCCAUCGUUAUUCCUGCUUUGUACGGGUAGCGCUCCAAUGUUUAGUUGGCCUCAACUUUUUUAUGGGACACCCCUGAAAAGUUUCCAGACUGAUUUGAAUUUAUGCGGGAAAUCUUUGUAUGGCUCUGUUCUGCUUCACACUGCUGUGCUCAACAAUGUUAAUUAAGCCAACUGUGAUUGGCACUCGCGGAGGAGGAACAAAAGGUAGCAAGAAUGGACGGACAUUUUCGGGGACCGAAGGCUUAGCUACCCUUACUGAUAUAUCUCCGACCGCCAAGCGGCUGUUUAUUCUGAUCGAUAACAAUGCCGUCUCCGGUAGUGUAUGGUAGUCGAAACAAUCUCAGUCGAAAGGUUAACCGUGAAGCAUUUUGGGGCUUCAGCUCUGAUUACCGAAUGAUUUAAUGAGCCGCACCUGCAAACAGGCAACAGAUUCAGCCUUGAAGUGGGGUUGAUAGAGGAGCUCCAGGCGAAAUGAGCUUGUUGCCUUGCCAGCGGCUGUGGCUGUCUUCCUUUGCGGGGGAUUCUGUCUUUGCUGAAAUACAACAAAUGUAAACAGUUUGUUCUUCGCGGCAUAAUGAAAAAUUAUGCUGUCUGAGUUUUGCUCCUGGCUUUGGGAUCUGUUUCUGCUGAGGGCUCUGUUUCUGCUUCUGUUUUCCCUUUCGUGCCACUCGAGUUUCAUUUCCACUUAUUUGAAGAUGGCACAGAGCUUUUCCAUUACCUCUGCUCCUCCUGCCUGGUGCUGUUAUUAAUACAAAGUACUUAUGUUGUCUUUUACACAGCUCUUUCUCUCAGACUCCUUCCGCUUACAAUCCUCUUACAACUUUUCAGCCUUUGUUUAUUCGAAUCGAGCUCCUUUUCGUAUUUAUUUUGGCAGUUUAUUAAAAGUUGCCUGCUUUCGUCAUUUUAAUUACAAUACGCCAAAUGGCAUUUGUUAUCGACUGACACGCCCCUUGAUCCGCCUGCGAACCGCCCCCGAAUUGCGCCACUGGCACGCAACUGGCACGCAAUCAAUUCGACUUUGGCGCCCUGCCACUGCCACUGCCACGCGCACGUGUCGCAUAGUCUUCCAGGGGCAUGCCGAAGCUCCUCCUCUUCCUCCCUGGGUAAAGGCUUGAAAUGUAUCGCCCCACACGAGUGGCACCAUCGAUAUGCCACCAUAGGCCCUUCUCAACGCUGCCCCAAUUUCCAUUUGCGGAAUUUUUUUUUUUUCUUUUUCUUUUUUUGGCACAGAACAGCUAUUGACUUUGACUUUGGCAUUUGUGGCACGUUAAACCCUCAACAGGAAAAAAAAUUCGGGGAAUUACAUGAUAAAUACGCAACCCUAAGCCUUAACCCAUUGUGGCCAGAAAUCGAAGAGAUUCCAUAUGGAUUGAAAUAAAUCAAGAGCUACACUUCACAGAUGCCACAGCAUUGAACAAGUGUUCCACUCCUUUGAGGACGCACAUACAUACACCGUUCCCUUAGAGAUUAUAUUUCCGAGAACUUUCAGUCUCUCAUUUUCUUGGAGCAUUAUUUUUCUCAGAAGUUCAGCAACUAAAGGGUUAGGGCGUUGGACUCUGUUUUGGGGCAUAAUUAAGAUACCCUUAAUGCCUCUCAGACUUUCGCUUUUGUUUCUGCUUUCCCGUAAUCUGGCUUCCUGUUUUUUCCACUUUGGGUUCGGCGCUUCUUUUGUUCAUCUUCGAUUUGCUCGAGGCCAUGCGAUUGCGAUUGCCACUGCGACUAUUGGUGCUUUUCCGGCUUUUCCGAGUUUCUUUUGUGCUGCAAUCAUCGUGAAAAUCCUUUGCUGUCGUUGACUACGCCGAGAACGAACUUUCAAAGGUUACGCGCUUUUUUCGAGCAUUUGAUUUGAGCGAAUUUUAAUUGAACCAUUUGUAGGACUGAAACCCAAUUGAAGGGCGGUCGUUCCAUGUGUCUCUUUCCCUAUCUUUACCUCUCUCUUUCCCUGUCCUUUUCCUUUUCUAAUUGUAUUAGCCAGAUUCAUGUUAGAUGGCUACGUGACAGGCAUACCAAGCUGUCGUUAUUCUUCAAAACGAAGGAAGCCCAACGAAGCCAAGCUGAAUUUUCCCUUUUAUUACCAUAAUCGCUUCACAAAAAAAAACCCCCAGACUACUCCGCAGAUAUGGAGAGAGGGAUAUCUAUACGUAUAUAUAUAUAUAUAUAUAUAUAUAAUGAGAGCAAAAGAAGGCCCCUGUUGUCUGAUCCAUCUGCUCGACUGACUGCCUAGGCUGCUUAUUUGUUGCUUAAAUAAACAGAUUUCUCGUAAUUGCUUUCGGAAUUCAAUUAUUUGCCCCACAAAAAACCAACAAACCGAAAAAAAUUCUUUUCAACAAACAUACAACAGCCAUCAAUGCCAAAAGCAACAACAAACAAUUACAAUUUUAGUGCAAACAAAUUGGAAAUGCAGGAAAAAAGUUCACUUGAAACUGAAUUUGCUCAAUUUAAAAAUAGCAUAAGUGAGCAUUAAACAAAUAUUUGCCAUCAAUCGAAAUCGAAUGUUGAACCUAAAGUUUUAAUAUUAUGGGUUCGAUUGUAGGGUCGAUGGAGACUGAGGGAAUUGUUUGGCUUUUGACUUAGGUUAACACAUCUAAUGGACGGGAAAUUCUAAGUUAAAUAUUUGCGGGCAUAUAUAAACUCUGAUGUGUAAUAGGUUUUAAACGUUUAAAAAUAUUUAAGAAUGAAUACUUGCCAGUCUUAUGUCUUUUAAUUUGCUUAAAUGCUUUCUUGGAAGAAUACUUUAGUCAUUUAAACCAAGGUUUUUUUGUGUUCUUUUUAUUUCUUUCUUGUCUUAUACUUGAUUCAAGUAAACCCAAUAAAAAGGUUGUUACAUAAAAUUGAAAUCAAUGCUUGCUGAAAUAUUAACAUUAUUUCCUUUCUUCUAUUCCCCCUCGUGGGCCAAUUUAUUCCUUUCUUUUAGCUUAGGCUAUCGUAAUUUAAUAGGAAGGAAAUUUAGCUUCGGUACUGGUUCUUCGAGGCACUUUUCAAAAUUUCAGCGUUGAUUAUUUUUCCCAUUAAAUGCAAAUUGUUCUACUUUUGAUUACCAUUUUUAAUGAGUUUCCAGAGAAAAAUCGAAUGAAUAAUUUCUAGAGAUGUUUAAGAAUUUAAAAUUACUUUAAAUGAAUAUUUUAUGCGAAGAAGAAUUUUAAAUAUUGUUAGCAUAUCCAUCGUAUAUCCAGCAUUUCAUUUGAGAGUCGAUUUUUUCAGAACUCUGCAAUUCUUUGGCUUAUCGUGUGCGCAUUUUGUAUGUACGGCAUUUGUGUUCAAUUGGCAAUCCUUUGAGCCCACUUUAAAAUCUGUUUGCACACGAUUUGUUUGGCUUUGCAAUUGGUGCCGAAGUUUUGGGCAAAUAUUUAAGACGAAAAAGUCAGGCGAUGAAUGUCAACAUUUCGCAUAAAUUGCAUGUUGAAUGCCAGGCAGGGCGCAAAUCGGUCGCUUUCCAUUUUGGACAUUUGGCACUGACAUUGACUGGCUUAGAUUGAUUGAUUGAUUGAUGGUUGGAUGGAUGGAUGAAUGGUCUGAUUCCUGCCUUUGUUUGCAUUGAAUUCCGCUGGCUCGGCUUUAGUCAGUGCUCAGCAGAGAUUGACAGAGCUCCUGGCUCCCAAGGACCAAGAACUAUCAACAGUUGUUUGUCCACCGACCAUACUGCUGUCCUUCCAAUGUGCCGGCUGUACGUGAGAUAUAUAUUUUGGCAUUUUUAUAACUUUGGCGCCCUCCUGUGUUUACUUUGCUUUACGACUUUCUACAAAUUCCUUCCGUUUCUUCUUACACACAGUCUGUGCUGCCAGUAUCUCUCCCUCUAUCUGUUUCCGGACCAGGCGCGUGUCAGUUUGUAGCCUUCUUUCGGUCUGAGCUGCUUUUGUGCUUGGCCAGCAUUGCGUAUACGCAAUGUAUACGCUACGUAUGCCCCCGAAAAUCGUUUUAUUGCCACCAACGCUUGGCGUGCUAAUUUAUACGUUCGGGAGCUAAGAGCCGAGGCCAAAGUCGAGGCCGUAAUUUAAUGCCGCGCUCAGCCCCAGUCACGCCUCAACGGAUCAUAAAAACACAAUUUUAAUCACAAUUUCUUUUUUCGCUUACGCGCCAGGAUUUGGCUUUGGCUUUGGCUGCACAAUCCAUCAGACUACAUAGGCAAAUUACCAGCAAACAUUUGAAUAGAUGCAAAGCAUUUGGCACCUCUCCAUCUGGCGGAAUUCUCAAAAAGAAGAGAGCGUUUCCUUUAAUUUCGGAGGUCAAAGCGCAGCAGACUUGACCUACACCUUGACAGCCGGACACUUUGGCAGCAUUCCAAGCACAAAGCGGAUAAGGAUAUGGAUGUUUAUGAAGACGUGGCAGGGUGAUGUGAAUGUGGUUACUGAUGUGAACAUGGAUGCAAUGAACUUGACAUUUAACCUCUGCGUAUACGCAAUCUUUGACAUUUGGCAACUUAAAGCACUUUCAACCGCCCCUAAGACUUUGGCCAGCAACUGGCAUUUGAUAUUCAUCUUCUCUGCGCUGCAGCCACAGCCACCCCGCAGAAAGUUUCCUCUUUUCGACGUUGGGCGGUGUGGCGAAGGGUAGGGAAAACUUUUGCGCUGGAAAAACUUUGUGCAGUCGUUGCAACAAUAACAAAUGCCGGCAAAAGUUUAGACAGAUUUCCCUGCCUCUUGUAGCCCACCUGCCGCCGCAGUCUGCAAUUAAAAUUAUGUGCCAUAGUCCCAUUCAGCUCUUUGUUGCGCCGAAAGAGUUGCCCCUGCUGCAGCCCCAGCCCCAGCCCCAGCAGCAGAUCCAAAAUGAACUCAACUUGGGCUUAAUGCCAGCUUUUUCAAUUGCGGCAAUUUAAUUGGGAAACAAAUUCAAUUUCAAGCAAAACUUUCUCCACAAACGAUGCCUGAUGGCGGUCCCUGGGAGUCUUUCCGUUUGCAUUCCGGUCUUCACUCGAUAUAACAGUCAUUAAUUAAUACCCACCUCCUUCUCGUUUUUCUUGUACUUUCUGACUCCGAUCCCCGCUGACAAGUGGCAAGCGGCAAGCGGCCUGCUCAGCUUAAACAGCACUCAAUCGAUUUUAUAUGCCCGGCUAUCACAUGUAAUGCAUUUUAAUUAAGAGGAAAGAAACCCCUGAGCCGUGCAACCACCCACUACCCACUACCCACCUCCCACUCUGUGACCCUGAGGCAGGCUGUUGCCGAUGCCCAUCCACUUCUUUGCCAAGGCCUCGCCCACGUCUCGCUUUCGCCCUCGCCUUGGGCCGGAUCCUGCAGUUUGCAAUUUUAAACCCAAAUUGAAUUACUCCAUCGUCGUCGCUGUCGUCGUCGUUGGCGGUCUGGUCUGCUCUGGUGUGUCGCCCCAGGUUCCCCAAAGGCAGGCCUGAAAGCCCGCAUAUCUGAUGCGGCUUUAAAAAUGUCGCCUCUUAAGGUGGAAACAGAAUGCGGGAGUGUCGGGCCUCGAGUGUUAAUUGAUGCCAAGUAUUCUAAGAAUUUUCGACUGGAGUGUAGGAAGGGCUUAAGCAAGGAAGUGUCUGCUUAGGAGAGCUAGGAAUUCUGCUAUAAUUUGUUAUGGGAAAGCUCAAAUGUGUCAGACUCUAUUAUUUUCGCCUCGAUGAAUAACACUUGGAAGUACAACAGCUGCAAACAAAAACAUUUCAGCUCUUGCCACGCAAUAAAAUAUUAAUUCAGCAAAAAUAGCACGCUCAAAAUGAUGAGGGAAAAAUCAAAUUAAAUUUCAUCCAUAUUAAGCUGAAUAAAACCAAUCAAACACGAAAAAUAUUUUGAUUUUAGUAUAAUGAUCAGAACAAAGAAAUUCACUAAUCGUUGGGGCGAAAUGUUGCAAUUGAUUUAUGUGGAUUAUUUGGUUGUUUUUUGCUUUGGCACGUGAACAGUGUACACACUCUGCUCUCUCCCCAUUUUUAAUUUAAUUAAUUGAUAAAUAUUUUGGGGAAAACCAAAAUGGAACGAUAAUAAAAGGUGACCCACAAGCAAACCAGAACUUCAAACGUAAUUUAUUUGUUAAAAUAUUGUUUCUCUCCUGUUGCUGCUCCAUGAUUUUCCAAUUAAAGUCGAGCUCGUACGGGUAUCCGCUGCCGAAACUAAAAACCAGACCCCUGUCCAGUGGUUGCCCUCUGGUCCGUGUGCUCCUGACAGCUGGCUGCCUCCACCAGGCGGAUGGGAGAAUGGGGAUGCUGAUGGAAAGUGUCCUGCUAGAGCUGCGGGGCAACAAUGCAGGCGUGAACAUAAAUUUCAAGCUUCAGUGAACCCCCAGCCCUGCCAACCCAUCAUCCCUGCUGGCAGCCCCUCCGCUACACUCCAUUCCGCUCCGGUCCCUCCUCAAUCCCCACUCAAUCCUCAAUCCUUGGCAGGCUGGAUACGCCUGACAUUGUCCUGGGGUCUGGGCCAUGGCUAAAAGUGCCAAAGUUUAUUAUUAAAUUAUGUUGGCAAAUAAAACUGUUGAAGGAAAAUCAAUUUUCGGAAUUUCUCUCUGCUUUGUUUGGUUGAGAAUUGUCCUUUGUCUCUCUCUUUCUGUUGCUCUCUUGUUCUCUGUCUUUCUCAAUGUGUUCGUGUGUGUGUGUCUGUGUGACCGAGUGAACCCUACUAAUCAAAUUAAGUUUAUUUUUAAAAAAACGUUUCAUUCAGCCAAAAAAACCAAACUCCUUGGGGAGCCCGAGCCCCCGAAACAAAACCCUUUUCGAUGCUGGUAAUCGAAUAUUUUAGCCAUCGUUAACAGCUCUUCAACUCGCUGGUCGAGUCCACAAAUAGCUGUUAACCCCAAAAUCGAUUCCCGAUAUAUGAAGAGGUAUAUAUAGACUAUAUACCCAUACAGAGCCCCAUUCAAGAGAUUUUUGAAGAACUAAAAUAGCGUGAAUGUUUCGUUCAGCAAAAUGAAUGCUGGAAUACUCGUUCUCCCAUUGAAUAGGCAAAUUCCACAGAGCGAGCGACAAAGACAGAAAGAAUCAAUGAAAGAGACAGGUAUAUCUAGAAAGAGAGAGAGAGAGAGAUAGAAUGAGACACACAGCGCAGAGGCUGACAGCUUUCUUUAUAGAAUUACUUCUGGCGCAAUAACUUUUCCAACUGAACGAGCCGCUGAUGGAGCACACUCGCUUCGCUCUCUCUCUCUCUCUCUGUCUUUCUCUGUUUCCUUAUGCUUCUCUGUGCCCCUCUCUUUCUCCCUUUCAUUUGCUUUCUCUCUCUCUGUGUGAGGCUUCUCCUGUGUAUUUCAUCCUCUUUCAUUCCAUUCAUUGAUUUGCCUUUUGCCUUGGCCAACUAGUGCAGAACAUACGACCUGACCAGCCACCAGCGACCAGCAGACAUGAGCCAUUUCCUCAUUUUCCUCCUUUUGGCCCACUUCACUCCCAUUAACCCUCUAACGGCGAAGUGCCAUUGACUGACCCCAGGAUAAAAAUAGUUUGUGGGAAAUUUCUCUUUUCUUUUAACCAUACCCUCAUCCCAAACUUAUGUUAAUUAUUUGUAUUUCUUAUUAAAUACUUACUAACACUUAAGCAUCUUUCUUUCGGCAAGAGAAGUAUAAUAUACUUCUCCUUAAUUAUAUUCUUGACUCAAAUAGCUACUGUACAGGGCACCCUUAUCAUGGUCACUUAUGGUAAUUACUAUAUUUUCUUAUGAAGGUUAAAGUGUGGUUGGAGCACGUGUUUUAGCCUAAUUUGUUUUAUUUUGUUUUGGCAUAAUCCUUGAGCUUGAUUUGGCUGGUAUUAUAUUACGUUAUGGUUUCCUGAUUAAUGAACGGAUAACAAAACAAAAAUGUCGUCAUUAAUAUUGAGGGAAAAAAAUUGAUUCCAUUUCAACAGAUAUGGAUAGAGCAGAGUCAUGUCAUUAUAUUAUUUUCUAUCAAAAUUUGUAUCUAUAUAUCGGUUGAUAAGUAUAUAUAGAAUAUCAGAUAGGGAUAUAGACUUCAAUGUUAUACAUUUUUUGAAUUCGAAUAAUUAUUCGACGCCUCCAGGUAGUAAUCCAUGAGCUCGUCGAUGUUUGCAUCGUGUUCUGGUAUUUUUGUCCAUCAGGUGUUAAAAGUAACACACCUGCAUUGGGAAAUGGUCGUUGAUGCAGCUGUUCCUGUUGCGUCAGGGCGUUCCUUGCUCCGGGUAAGUGGCCGUGCGGCUAACCACUCGAGUGUCCCAUCAUCCUGUCCACUGUCCCAGGAUAAGACAACAGCCAAACAAAGGGCGGCUGGUCCGCUUACGGCUGUGGCAUCUUGGAUUGGCUGUGCCACCGAAGGCGCUUGCGAUGUGGAUGUGGAUGUCGAUGUCGAAGUGCCGCAAGGCCACUCAGCAAUGAUUAAUUACACUUAAUUGUAAUUUAUGCGCUACAGGAGUAGGAUCAAAAGAGCAGAGUAGAGCAGCAGGAGACCCAUUCUUUUGCAUUAGUAGAGGGACUCCUCUGUCUGGCUGAAAAGACACUUUAUUGAAAUCUAGGCCUCUCCAUCGGUCUCCUGCUCUGUCCCUUUUGUAGCGCUAAUUGGCUAUUAAGCUGGCGGAAUUUUUAGAGCGUUUACUGCUGAUUCACAUUUUCAUUAGCUGGGGCUUAGACGUCCUGGCUUUUGAACCACACAAAUUGCCGAGAGAUGGGGUGUAGGAAUGCCUCCCGCUGCUGGCUAGCGGAGUGGACCCUCGCUCUGUCUCUGGCAGGACACUGAUAUCAAUCAUGAUGGUUGCUUGACUUUCCUUUCCUUAAAGAUCCCCAUUAAUCAAGCGGAGUUGUGGUCCUUGGGAAACGUUUAUUUGAAGGCUUCUUGCUCCACACAUUUGUCAGACUUCAUUUGUGGCCUUCUCCGAUGGCCAAUCUAAUUGUCAAAUAGUUAAGAAUUUGCCAUUUUCUAAAUAAGUUUGUUCCCUGUCAAAUGAACUAUUGAACCAUUUCCCACAAUGCAAUAUUUCGGUGGGAACAAACUUGUGGAAAUUGUUUUGAUUGCUCUCCACUUUGUUGUGUCCGGCAGCGUUCAAUAAUCAUUAUGAAAAAGUUUGCUCUGAAGUUUUUCAAGCAGUUCAAUACGCUCUGAGUGCCCCCCGCUGCCUAAUUAGAUCAGUUUCGGUGCAACAGAGAAAUGGAAAAGUGCAACCGAGGGAAGGAAGGAAGAAAGCUUCCAACUUAAAUGAAGCUGAACGGGCCACUCGACAGCCAGUUGCGCCGUUUUCUUCUUCUGGAACUCCCGAGUACUCAUUCGAACUGGUACUCGCAUAAAAAUUACGAGGCUUCCACACUUUUACGAGCUUCGUCAGCAUUGAGGAGGAAAAUGGAGGAACUGCUGACAUAGAUUCCGCUCAAAUAUUUCGCACUACUUUUCAUUUUACGAUGGCACGCAAUGAAAAGUGAAAUGGUAAAAUGUUUUUCACUCCCACCCGCAUUCUCACUCGCUUUUUUCAGUUUUUCUUUUGUUUACUUAAUAUUUGGUCCGCCCUUUUCUUUUUCGCUUCGUAUUUUGUUUGGUUUUUUGGCGAAGAGUUUCUGUUGUUGCAGCGAAAAUAAAAGCGGAGCAGUGCAAACAAUGCACUGAGUGAUUGCCGUGAAACAGGCUGCGAUUCUUGCCCGACACGCCCCCCAUCUGCAUAGCCCCCAUUCAUUCAUCCUCGGAUCCAUCCAACCAACCAUCCAUCCAUCCAUCCAUACAUGAUCCAUGUAUAGCUUCAGCCAGGCUCUGGCUCUGGGCCUUUCCCAACACUUUUGUUUACACGCAUAAAUAAAUUCUGGCAAAUAUGUUUUCAGUAGAAUACAAAAAGUGCAAAGAGGCAAACAGCAAGCAGCAAAUGGCUGUACAAAUUGUUCCCACUGCCCGGCUUAAAGAUUCGCAUAAAUAAACUAUGAAUCUUGAUGGUGAAAAUUCUGAAAAUGCCCAAAUAUCGAAUUAUUUAUUGCAACCACAGACAGGCCUUCAAAAGCACUCUAAACUGUAUCCGAAAAGGCUUAAAUGCUUCACGAGAUGCUUCGAGGCAGUUGCUGACAAUCAAGGAUUUAUCUCUUCAAAAAACGCUCUUGCAGAAAGUGGAAAAAAUAUGUCAAAGAGAAUAUCGAUUGCAUUUCUGGUGGAAACAUUUGUGUUCAUUCUGGCUUUAAAAACAAAAGCAACUUUUUAUUUGUGGACAUAUAGCAAAGAAACGUGCAUUUAUAUAAUCCAAAAUGUAUAAGCUAUGCUGUGAAUAUCCCAGCUACAAGUGUUACGUACAUCAAAUAUGGAAAUAUUUCAGAAUAUUAUUUCUACUUUCAUCCACAAUCGUCUUUGUCCUCUGGAUGAGUGUCGUCCCAAUCAUCAAAUUAUCUAAUGGACGUUGUGCCGCCACCAACUUCCUCUUUCCUUCCUCCUUUCUGGUCAGCAAAGUGAAUGGAAGCCACUUAGUCCUCUGUUCCUCUGGCACUGCAGCUGACAGCUGGCUUUCCUGCAUUAAGCGCUAAAAACUGUCAAGUUCUGUGCAAGUUUCCUACAGCUCUUCCAUAGUGGUGUAGGUGGUGGACCUUCAUGGACUUGUGGCAACAUUUUUUAGGCAGCAAUGAAACUUUGGCUCUGGCAUCGGGAAGAUAACAUGUCAAAGAAUGGCUGACAUGUUCGAAUAUGAGAGCAGUCAGAGCGGAAACGAGUGUAUCUGUUGGUGGUUCCGUUCUGUCGAUGUGCAAUAGUUUAAUGGCAACACAAUUGACACAAAAGCUGACACAUUCCUACAUCUAAAACGAACUGAACUGAAAUGAACCGAGGCUGAGCUGCUCGAUGAUAUCCCCCGGGGCUCGGAAAUGCAUUUCCGCAUUACAUUUCAGGUGGGGGAAACAUCCGGCGGAUGCGGCAGUGCCACAUUUUUAUACCGAGCAUGACUCUCCGCAUGGGAGCGUCAGUGCCAGCGAUUGGAGGAAAAUGCCAACAGGAAAGCCAGAAACAUCCCACAUUAGUCAGUGGAACAUAUCUGAUAACUUGUGAAUUAUUAAUUAUCAAACAUUAUCUGACAUUUGUCAGAGGCAGCCCCACCCACAUAUCACGCACACUGAAACACUUAAACACUGAAACACAGAGCAACUGAAACUCAAACUGAUACUCAAAGAGACUCAGCCAUGGGAAUUCCGUACCUAUACUUUACUAAUACUAGUUAUGUUGUACCUUGAGGUGAUUGCGUUGUGUAAACUGUACUUUCCCCUCCCGUAGACGGUAACCUGAAUUAUGUAAAUAACAAGCGGAGAUUGUGUGCACUCACCCGAAUGAAUAUCAAACCAAAGAACUAUCAAUUGGGGGGAAAGCCCAAAACCAACAUAGAGUCUAAGCAAAUUAAAGCGGAAGCGGAAACAAAAACUACAACAUGUUUUAGAUAUUAGCUAAAUGGCAAAGUCUUGUAUCGAAGGACGAAACUAAAUAAAGAUGUGUAUGUAAUGUACGAGUAUGUAUGUAAGGCUCUUUUGUACCUCUUGCUCUCCCACUUUCGAAUUUACUAAGGAUCGAUCCCUUGAAAGCGCUAAGUGAAACUUGAACGUUUGUCUAGCUCUAAGUAAACUUAAACCCAACCUAAACAACUUGCAAUCCUGCAUACACGAGUAUAUACUAUAUAUAUUUAUGGACAUAUGUGUGUAUGUGAAUACUAAGUAUCUAGAAAAUUGAACGAACCCCUUGGGAGCAGAUAGUACUCGUACUCUACUCGCUAUCCUGCUCCUGCUCCUGUUCUGUGGGUGUUAAAAUCUAAGAGUUAAGCUACAAUUAUGCUGAAAGCAUUUAAUAGUCUAAACAAGAACAACAUACAAAUACAAUACUGGUAAUCCAAAUAGACACAAAUUAACUUGUAAAUUAUUGAAUCUCAGCCCACACAUAAACAUGCAUACAUAUUCGUAAAUCAGAAAUCAGAAAGCAUAAAGCAAAUCUGUAGUCGAAAAUUGUAGUUCAUUGUUACUGUCUAGCGAUAUGAAUAAAGUAUGAAUUAAACUAUAAAUAAAUGAAUCAGUAAAUCAGUAAAUAGUUCAAUGUGUGUGCGUUAUGUAGCCCCACAGCCCAAUAAAAUGGUUAAAGGUUAAAGGAACAUUCCAAAGAAUUAGCCGUAAAUGUGUCUGUGUAUAAUCUGUAUAUGUUAAGGUCAAGAACACCUGGUGUACUCCUAACUUAAGUUGUGACCUCUCGAACCUGCACCUGGCUCUUUCUUGUGCUUCACCUGUUCUGUAUAAAUUAAUAAGCUCUGAUCUAAGUUUAUCCCCAGAAAAUACCUAGCAAAGUGAGAAAUACUUAAAUAAAUACUGAAAAAUAUUGA